GUUGCAGAUGUUGGGUCCACCUGCCAGUUGUGACGUCAGCCCUACUCCUGUGUGUUUAGCCAUUGUGUAGUAGUUAGCUAACCUUUGUUGUUUGAGUUACUAAACCCCAGUUUUCUCAGCUUUUAAUGGAGUUUGUGUUCACGUUAUUUGAUUCGGAGCCUUGCAGUGCUCUGAGACGGGAAGAAUAAGACCGAGGGUUGGGGAGUGCAGGCUCGUCUAUCCUGACUUCCCUUCAAAUCGACUGGCAAAUUGCUGAGAGCAGAGCCAAGAAACUACAAAAAAAAAUGACAUCGCCAAGACGUGGAAACCACUUUCCCGAUUUUUUUACCACCAAAGGACCAAUACCCCUAAAUGUCACACCGAUAAAUUUUGAUAACCGAAUAUAUUACCAAGCUUCCAUUGUAUCGCAAACUUCUGAGUUGGACGUUGAUGCGAGACCUCAUUUGAAACCAUAUUUGGACAACGAUGAUGAAAUCAUAGAUUGUGCAGAUAUGGAGGAAAAUUACGACAUCAGUUUAACCAAAAGUGGAAAGUUUCAAACAUCGUUCUAUGUUCCAUCGAGUUUUCACUCUUUUCUCAUUGGAGCGAAAGGAAGCAAACUGAAAGCGUUUCAAAGAAGUACCAAUACGACGAUAAAAAUCCCUCGCAUCAACGAAAGAGGCGAUGUAGUAAUUCUGGGGGAAACUGAGCGCCAAGUCGCCUCAGCAAGAACCCAAAUAGCUAUGACCAUUGCUCAGAGAAAAGACAGAAUGCCACCUACUCAUUUUAUAAGUAUUCCUAUCGAUUCAACUAUUAUACGGCAAAACUUGGAAAAAUUCCACCAUGCGGUAUUACAAAAUCCUUCAAAAGGAGUGACGGAUUCGUUAUUUCAAAAGGCUGUAAAAGUCCAUCUAACUGUUGCAGUGCUAAUUUUACUUGACGAUGAAGAAAUUGAAAAUGCCAAAAAAUGCCUACAGGCCUGCUACGAAGAACACAUCACAGCAAUAUUUGCAAAAAAUAAAAAAUACAAAGUUAGAGUCCAGGGCUUGGAAAUAAUGAACGACGAUCCUUCAAACGUUUACGUGUUGUAUGCAAAGGUUCAAAUGGCGGACCCGGAACUCAAUGGCAAGCUUCAGAAAAUGUGCGAUGGAAUUCUGAGUUAUUUUCUUCGAGCCGGAUUGGCCAAAAAAGAGGCCGAUAGAGUAAAACUACAUAUGACUGUAAUGAAUGCGAGUUUUCGAAAGGGCAAUGGGCGAAGCAUGCCAUUUGAUGCAAGGGAACUUUUGGAGGAGCAUGGAAAUUUUUAUUUCGGGGAAUUCGAACUGAAGCAACUGGAUUUAUGCAUCAGAGGAACGACUACAAAUGAGCUGGGAGAACCGAAAUACUACGAUACAGCUUUAAACAUUAUUUCAUAGAGUUUGUCUAUUGCUGUGCUGAUUACAAGAGUAUUUUUCUGUUAAUUUAAGUUUUUUUUUAAUUAAUUUAAGUUUUUCUCUGAUGACUUUGAAGACCUAAAGAUUAUAGAGGAAUAAUAUUAUAUCAGUUGUUUAAAAACAUUAGCAAUGUGUGCUUUUACGUGUAUUUUUCUUAAAUUGUUACCUUCCGAACUUGUAUAUUUUACUGUUGAACGUACUGUGAAAAUGUGCGAUCUAAUAAAUGGGAUUUGAUAAGUAA